GUGUGAUUGACAGCUGUCAGACCUAACUUGAGAUGGAUGAGCUCCAGGACGUGCAGCUGACUGAGAUCAAGCCCCUGCUCACAGAUAAGCUCCUCAGCGACAUCUGCUCAGUGUCUCCACUCUCCGCUCCAGCAGUACAUUACUGCUAAUGAUGAGGGUGGGUGGAGGGCUCAGUAUGAGGACAGUAAUGACACAGAGAGAACCCAGGGUGUCCUCCGCAUUGCUGGGAGCACAGAGAGACAGAGCGAGAGAGAGGCAGGCUCUGGCAUCAACCACUAGAGAAUGGACGUAACUUCCAGGACUUUGAUUGUCAGGAGCAUGACAUCGAGACCCCCCAUGGUGUUCUGCACGUGACGAUGAGGGGCACCCCCAAGGGCAAUAGACCAGUCAUCCUCACCUACCAUGACAUUGGUCUCAACCAUAAGUCCUGUUUCAACACACUGUUCAACUUUGAAGACAUGCAGGAGAUCACAUCCCACUUUGCUGUGGUCCACGUGGACGCCCCAGGACAGCAGGAGGGUGCUCCCCCAUUCCCCACAGGGUACCAGUACCCUACCAUGGAUGAGCUGUCUGAGAUGCUGCCGUCUGUCAUGACUCAGCUGAAGGUGAACAGUGUGAUUGGGAUUGGAGUUGGAGCUGGAGCCUACAUCCUGUCCAGACUGGCUCUCAAUGAGCCGGCCCUGGUCGAAGGUCUGGUCCUCAUCAAUGUGGACCCCUGUGCAAAGGGCUGGAUGGACUGGGCUGCCUCCAAGAUGUCCGGCUGGACCAGCAACCUGGUGGACAUAGUGAUGGCCCACCACUUCAGUGAUGAUGAGCUGUCUGACAACCAGGAGAUCACCCAGACGUAUCGGCUGCACAUCGCCCAGGAUAUCAACCAGGAAAACCUGGCCCUCUUCUGCAAUGCCUACAACAGCCGUCGGGACUUGGAGAUUGAGAGGCCUGUCACGGGUCUGACUGACAACACGGUGAACACACUGACAUGCACUUCUCUGCUGGUGGUUGGUGACACGUCCCCGGCUGUCGAUGCAGUGGUUGAAUGCAACUCGAGGUUAAAUCCAACCAAAACAACCCUUCUUAAGAUGCAAGACUGUGGCGGGCUUCCUCAGGUCAUCCAGCCGGGUAAACUCGCGGAGGCCUUCAAAUACUUUGUCCAGGGAAUGGGUUACAUGCCCACGGCCAGUAUGACCCGCCUGGUGCGUUCUCGUACCCACUCUACCUCCAGCAUGGGCUCUGUGGAGGGGAGUCGCAGCCGCACCCACACACAGCUAGAGGGCGCCACUGCUGCCGGCCCGGGUGUCGAACAGGCCAGGCCACAGACCAUGGAGGUUUCCUGUUAAAGAACCCUGCCCAGAAAACCUCUCCCUUCCUCUCUUUUUCCUUUCCCAGGCUCAAGGUCAGAGAGGAUUGGAAUCCUGGGGGGGUGUCUGAAACGUGUUCUGAAAGAUAAUUCAUGAAGACAGAAGCAGUCAGGUUCUCUGCUGUGUUCUGUCACCAUUUCCUGUUGUCUGUCUAUCAUGCCUGUCUGUGCAUGACUGCUGUGGUAGGGCAACCUGAAAGUCAGUAAGCAGGCGGACGAUGCUGCUUGUCUGGUUUUCCUUUUGCUGUCUACCAGCUCUCCCCAUUAAAAGAGGAAGAGGUUGUUUUUUUUAAUCCUUGAGAUAUAUUUGUAUUUCUAACUAUUUUGGGUCAGUGUCAGUUUUAAAGAUAACAGAUGGAAAGGCAUCAGGAGUUUUCUCUUGUAAAGUACUCUAUAUGGAGUACUCUCUAAUGUCUCCUCUGGGGUCUUCCUCACCUUGCUAACUGGUAAGAUCAGACCAAGUCACACCACCCCUCCUUAGUGGUCCAUUCCUUAAUCAGUCUCAUGACACACCAUUUUUUUCUUCUUUUUUAUUGUUGUUUUUAUGUUGUGAUUUGUGAAAAAAAUACCUUUUGCUUUCCUGGAUUGCAAUACGAUGUGAUAAACUUGCUCCUGCUCUGUACCUUUAUACCAAGAAUAACUGACAGAAUGACCCUCUAGUAGAUGAAACGUAAUGGACGUGUCUGUAGAAUUGCUUUUGUCUAGAUGUAUCUAGAAAUAGUUGUCUUGUUUGAUAUUUCCUUAAUCGAGUGAGUUAUUUGAAAUGGCAGGCCCUGGGUGUUUGAUCCCCCCCCACAUUUAUUAUUGACGGGCAGAGACAAGAACCAACCCACAGGGCACAGACGUCACUUCAGUGUGUGUCCCAUGUUGGUUCAACGUAAUGUCAUUGAAAUGAUGUGGAAACAACGUUGAUUCGACCAGUGUGUGCCCAGUGGGAACAUUUACUGUAGUUUAUUGAAAAUUCCAGUCAAAUACGGAGAGUACCUAAACUAGCCCCAGCUCAGAGGUGAGUAAAUGUCUGCGAAUUGAGGUACAGAUAACAUUACUGCCUCUUUCAUCAAAUAAAACGCAAAUAUAUUAACUUUCUGUUUUCUACUAACUGGAAGAUAUGUAUGUUUUCCCUCCUGAUGAAAUAAAGACGGGGUGAAAACGUCAACGGGUCAGAUGCCUGAGGGACUGUGGAUUGUGUAAUAAAUGUUUUGAUUUAGUUUGUUAGUAAUGUUAUUAGUUGUUAGUUUUCUCUGGUUUUCCUGCAUUUCUCUCUGAUUGUACUACAGCUUGGGUGAGCAAGUGGUGAUGAUGCAUUGUACUCUGCCCGCAUAGUAUAAGGGGUGCUGUAAGUCAUACUGUCUGCUGACUAUAUCAAUUUGUACUGAUUAUAAAAUAAAGCUAGAAGCUGUACAUGACUAGA